AUGGCCCAAGCAACGUGUUUCUGGGUUGUGAUCAUGCUGUUGCUGAUGGCGACCUCUAGCCAAGCCCUGAGGAGGAUCAGCUUGAAGAAGAUGCCCUCUAUCAGACAGACCUUGCAGGAGAUGGGAGUGUCCCCAGCCCAGGUGUUCCCCGAGCUGGCAAGGAAAGCGGGGGACAUCCUGUCUCUGCAGAACGGGACCGCUCCAACACCCCUCACCAACUAUCUGGACACUCAAUACUUUGGAGAGAUCAGCAUCGGCUCUCCAGCCCAGAUGUUCAACGUGGUUUUCGACACAGGUUCUGCCAAUCUGUGGGUGCCGUCCUACGAGUGUUCCCCGCUGUACACAGCCUGCUUUACUCACAACAGAUAUGACUCUUCAAAGUCUCAGACGCACAUCAAAAAUGGCACGGGCUUCUCCAUCCACUACGCUUCUGGAAACGUCAGGGGGUUCCUGAGCGAGGAUGUGGUGGUGCAAGUUGGAGGGAUACCUGUAGUACAGGUGUUUGCCGAAGCCACUGCCUUGCCUGCCAUACCGUUCAUCUUUGCUAAGUUUGACGGUGUGCUGGGUAUGGGAUACCCCAACAUGGCCAUUGACGGCAUCACCCCAGUGUUUGACCGCAUCAUGUCCCAGCAUGUCCUAAAGGAGGAGGUUUUCUCUGUCUACUACAGCCGAGAUCCCUCGCAUAUCCCUGGAGGAGAAAUUGUGCUUGGGGGAACAGACCCCUCCUAUUACACUGGGAGCUUCAGCUAUGUAGAAACUAAUGAUAUGGGAAAAUGGGAGGUCAAGAUGAAAGGGGUCUCUGUGGGAGCUGAGAUUCUGUUUUGUAAAGAGGGCUGCACCGCUGUGAUUGACACUGGCAGCUCAUACGUCACAGGCCCCGCCUCUUCUGUGUCUAUUUUGAUGAAGGCCAUCGGAGCCGUAGAGCUCAAUGAAGGAGGGUAUACAGUGAGCUGUGACCUGGUGAAAUCGUUGCCAAGCAUAUCUUUUCAUAUGGGGGAUGAGGAAUAUGCACUGACUGAAGAGGAUUACAUCCUGUGGCAGUCGCAGUUUGGAGAGGACAUCUGCACGGUGGCCUUCCGGGAGCUGGAUGUGCCCCCGCCCCUUGGCCCUGUUUGGAUCCUGGGUGCGAAUUUCAUCGCUCGCUACUAUACGGAGUUCGAUCGGCGCAAAAACAGGAUAGGCUUCGCCAAGGCUGUGUGA